AUGGAUGGUAUACAGAUGGAGCCGAUUGGGAAGUACAAGGCCGAUAGAAACGGCUCAGCUAAAGCUGCUUGGCGGAAUAUGGUAGACCAGGAUUUAGAUGACGUGGCAUUCUUGGCGGACACGGAUAAAGCCCGCGAGGCGCGGUCCAUCCGCGAGGCGCCGAUUGCGGAGUGUUCCCAGCGGCGCGCGCUAUGCCUCGCAGCCCUGGUGCUGUCAGCCAUGUUUGCCACCGCGCUCCUGGUGGUAUACGCUGCUCCUCAACCUGACUGCCCCUGCGCCGUGGAAAACCUGCUGUUCCCUGGGCAGAGUCCUACGGACGCCGACGCCACAGCCGCUGCUAACAAGGAACGUAUAGCCACGAACGGCGUGGUCUUCCCGUGGCGUGGCGCCAGGCUUCCCACCUUCAUCAUACCCAAGCAUUACAGCCUGUGGCUACACCCUAACCUGACAACUGGUGAACUUAAAGGGGAGGUGUCGAUAGACUUCAAGGUGGACCGCGACACUACCUUCGUGGUCCUCAACGUGCGUGACCUGAACGUGACCGAGAGAGCCCUGUUCAAGUCCGGUGGCUCCCUGGGGCCCAAGGUGGCUAAGGUGCUUGACUACCCGCCCGCCGAUCAGACCUACAUCGAGUUCAAGGAGAAACUCCGGCGCAAGUACAACUACACUCUGAGCCUGCGCUUCAUAACUAAGCUGGAUCGCAGCGACAAGCAGCGUGGGUUCUUCCUCGCUGGUAAUCACAAAAACCGCUGCGCAGUGUCACGUUUCUGGCUGACCCACGCGCGCUCCGCCUUCCCCUGUUUGGACGAGCCACACUUCCGAGCUACCUUCAAGCUGACUAUAGUGAGGGACAGGUUUCACGUUUCACUAACGAAUAUGCCGAUAGUCGCAACAGAAGAGGCUGGCUUCUACCUCGGACAUAGACUGCUGCAAGACGAGUUCUCGCAGUCCCCGCCGAUGUCUCCGCACAUGAUGUCGGUGGCGGUGUGCCGCCUGCAGCGGCGCGCGGCGCCCGCGCAGCCCACGCCCGCCGCGCCCCCCGCGCCCCCCACGCCGCCCGACGUGCCCUCCUCCACGGCCGACGACGCGGACGAGGAGUACAACCUGCCUCCACCCGAGAUCAGCCUCUACAGUGACAAACAGAUUAUACUGGACGAAGCUGGCCCUCUCCUCGACUGGGUGCAGCAGACGAUCCAACUGUUCUCCUUCGAGCUGAACACGUCCUACCCCCUCCCUAAGCUAGACCUGGUGGUGGUGGAUGGAGGGGCAGCAUACGCCGAGGGUUGGGGCCUCAUCAGCCUGGCCCCCGCCACGCUGCAGGACUACAAGACUAUCGCCCGGCUGCUGGCGCAACAGUGGUUCGGCGGCCUAGUAUCUCCUCGUUGGUGGAGCUCGCAAUGGCUGAUGGAGGCCCUAACCUCGGUGCUGGGGGAGCGCGCGGCGCCGCCUGGAGACGGGAAUGGUGGCGGGGCGGAACGCCAACAAGACAGCCUGCUACUAGAUCAUAUACUACCAGCUUUGAGGCUGGACUCCAGCAACUCAGUGCGUGCGGUGGCAUCCCCGCGACUGGAGCGGGCAGACAUCGAGUCCGCUGCCGAUGAACUCUCCCUGCAUAAGGGCGCGGCCAUCGUGAGCAUGGCCAUCGAGGCGGCGGGCGCGGCGGCGGGUCGAGCGGCGCUGGCGCGGCUGCUGCGCGACCACCGCGCCGCCAGCGCAGACGCCAGAGACCUAUGGCGGGCUCUCCAACGGGACGGCUCCACGGAAGCAGCAACUGCCUGGGACGGCUGGUGCGAGAAGGCUGGGUACCCUCUACUCUGUGCGACGCCCAGCGGACCCGAUGUGGUGCUUCGGCAGGAAAGGUUCGUGAUGUCGGCGGAGCCUCCAGAACCCGAGCCCCCGGUGCAGCAUACGCUGCUGACCCUCGACCUCAGAGCUGAUCUGGAUGAGAUCUUCUACGACCCUGAAAACUUCACGGAGUCGAUGGAAGACGACCUUAACGCCACCACGACAGCAGCCCCGACCACCACGACCACCAAGCGACCACCGAGGACCACCAAACCUCCCCCACCGCCCAAAUGGGUCAUCCCAGUGACAUUCUCCGUCGGCCCACUUCUCCAGGAGUAUGAGGAGGAGUUGGAGAAUAUGACCUCGUGGAAGAACGCUACAGGAACCACUGUUAACGGGACUAAUGGGACUUGGUACGACGUUGGGAACGACACGAGGUCGCGCGCUUCGCGAUGGACGGAAAAUGUGACGCAUUUAAUAUGGAUGAAUGAUACUGAGAUGGUGAUCCCGGACCUGGGUAAACACAAGUGGGUGCGGUACAACGUAGGGGCGCGGGGGCUGUACCGUGUCGCGCCGCAGGACCAGACCGCCGGGGAGGCGGCGGCGGCGCGCGCGGCGGCGCUGUACGCGGGCGGCGCGGCGGCCGAGCGCGCGCUGCUGCUGGACGACGCCUUCGUGCUCAGCAGGGCGGGCAGGCUGCCGGCCAGCCGGGCCAUCGCCGCCGCCACCCGGCUGAGCACUGAGAAGCACUGGGCUCCAUGGCGGGUGGUGCUGAGCCACCUGUCGUGGUGGCGCGAGCUGCUCCGCGCCGCGGCCUCGGGACCUGCACUGGCGCAGCUGCUGCGCACGCUGCACCCGCCAGUAGUACACAUAUACAGCGCGCAGCAGCUCAACAACACGCACUUGAAUGAGGAUCUCAUCUGGCUGAGCGGCGCGCUGCUGACGGCUGGUAUGGAGUGGGAGAACGAGCGAGUGACCAAGCAGGCUGUGAAGCUGUUCGAUGACUGGCUGAAGAAUAACACCACCAUCCCAGAAAUGUACCAGGAGGCGGCGUUCACGGCGGGCGUGCGCAGGCGCGGCGCGGGCGCGUGGCGCGCGCUGUGGGCGGCGCUGACGGCGUCGUACGCGGCGCCGCGCCCGCGCCUGCUGCACCGCGCCGCGCUGGCCGCGCUCGCCGCGCCCGCCGACGACUGGCUGUUCUACAGGUUCGCGUAUACAGUGAUGUCUCCGGAGGCCCAGCGGGGGCGAGAAUGGAAGCUGUGGGUGACCACGCUCUGUAGCGCCGCUUGCAGAUGGCGCGGCGCGGCGGGCGUGUGGCGCGUGGUGCGCGUGUCGCCGGCGCUGCCGCCGCCCGCGCUGCUGGCCGCCGCGCGCUGCCUGCACCAGCCGCACGACUACUACCGGUUUAAAGAAUUAUUCGGCGAGCAACGCGGCGCAACAGCGGCAUUAGACACGAUCGCGCUAAAUGCCGCGUGGGUACAACGCGCAGACGCCGAUCUAACGCGUUACUUCAACGCGGUCAACAAAGUUCCGGAGUAAGACGGUAGAUGGCGCAAGUUGUAGUACCAAAAUAUUGAGAAAGUUAUUCAGUAAGAUCAUAGAUGGCGCUAGUUAAAGAAUUAAAGGUUUUGAGUGAAAAGUAAGGCAGUACUGCCUAACUUAGUGUUUUUUUUUUAAAUACUGCAUGCUAAAAUUUCUGGCGCCCUCUAUGUAAAAGUACUUACUAGUUUUCUAAGCAUUGGUUUUGGAUUAACAAUGUGAAUGGUAGCAAUAACAACCAAAGUUAUUUGAGAAUUAGAUUCAAAAGCAGUUGAGUGUAUUUAUGAAGGUGUCAAAAUAUUCCGAAGAAAAAUAACAGAUGGCGCUAUUGAUGAUUGUAAUUUCGAUCGCUCUCGCUAGAUGGCAGUGUACUAAUAUUAUACAAAUGUGUUGAAACUUGUCGUUUACACAUUUUAUAUUAUUCUAUUUUAAUGCACGUGAUAUUUUGUGCUGAUUUCAGUACACACCUUUUAAUCUUUUUUUAUGUUGUACGUGUAAUUUUA